UUCAAAUAUUCAAGCAACACAAUUAAAAUGUAAUGGUAAAAAAUAUGCACGUUUAUAUACUAUAGAUAGUUAUAUAAUUAGACCAAGAAUAUCCUUACGAAAUGAAGAUAUAUUACAAGAUAAUUCUUGUAUAAUGUUUUUUGGUAGAGUUUUAUGGUAUUUUGUUUAUGAAUAUAAUGAUGCAAGCAUAAUGCUUGCCUAUAUUGAAUGUGCUAAUGUAUCAGAUGAAAAUAAUCAUCAAUUAGGAUUAAAAAAAUUUCAUUAUUUUGGUCGUAAGAAUUUUAUUGAUAUAAAGCUAUUAAAAGAU